GCGGAUGAUGUAGCUAUAUACACAAUGAUUGCAGCUGCGCCGGCCCGUUGGCUGCGCGUCUCGUCUCUUCGAUCGGCUAUACCGCAUUGCCAUCCUCGCCCCCGACCUUGUCUUCGUUCAACACCCGCAGCGCAAGCAUGCCUUGAAGCCAGGACGGCGGCCACGUACACAUCUCGCCAUCAGGCUGCUCAGAUCUCGGUGCUGCAGACUGCUGUUGACACAAAUUCGACGGGCUAUGUCGACAAUAANAAGUCAAUGCAAGAGCUGCUCGACAGUUUCACUACUCUACACCGUAAUGCCGCUCUAGGAGGUUCCGAAAAGGCACGCGAGAAGCAUGUCGCCAAAGGGAAGAUGUUGAAACAUCUUCGAGCACAAGAAAUUGCCCAGCAAAACCGACUCCCCUGCAUCUACCUCGUCGACAGUGGCGGUGCCAACCUCCCUCACCAAGCAGAUGUCUUCCCCGACCGCGACCACUUCGGACGCAUUUUCUACAAUCAGGCAAACAUGUCUUCAAUGGGCAUCCCACAACUCUCAGUCGUCAUGGGUCCUUGCACCGCAGGAGGAGCAUACGUUCCCUCCAUGAGCGACGAGAGCAUCAUUGUCCAAGAGCAAGGCCACAUCUUCCUCGCCGGCCCACCACUGGUCAAAGCAGCCACCGGAGAAGUCGUAAGCGCAGAAGAUUUAGGCGGAGGCAGACUACACAGCGAAACCAGCGGCGUAACAGACUACCUCGCCGUCGACGACGCCCACGCUCUCGUGCUCGCCCGCCGUUGCGUCGCAAACCUCAACUAUCCCGCCUCAGCCCCAAAACCAGAACCUUGGAAAGAACCCCUCUAUGAUCCUGCAGAAUUAGACGGUAUCAUGGGCACGAAUCUCAAAACUCAAAUCGAUGUCCAUGAAGUCAUUGCUCGCAUUGUUGAUGGCAGCGAGUUUGCAGAGUUCAAGCCUUUGUAUGGCAGUACUUUGGUCACGGGCUUUGGACGCAUUCAAGGACAUCAAGUUGGCUUUGUUGCCAACAACGGUAUUCUGUUCUCAGAGUCGUCACUCAAGGGCGCUCAUUUUGUGCAGCUCUGCAACAAACGCCGCAUACCCCUGGUCUUCCUCCAGAACAUCUCUGGUUUCAUGGUCGGCCGCGAUGCUGAAAAAGGCGGUAUUGCAAAGAAUGGUGCUAAGCUGGUGACCGCUGUAGCUUGUGCAGAUGUGCCCAAGUUCACUGUAGUAUUUGGCAGCUCUGCCGGAGCGGGCAACUAUGGCAUGUGUGGCCGCGCAUACUCACCACGCUUCCUCUGGGCCUGGCCAACAGCAAAAACCAGCGUCAUGGGAGCCGAACAACUAUCUUCGGUCAUGGAAGCUGUUGGCAAAAAGGUCGACCCAAAUCUACGCGAUCGUAUUGAACGUGAAAGCGAGUCCACAUUUGCGACUGCCAGGCUGUGGGACGACGGCAUCAUCCCUCCCUCACACACGAGAAGGGUUCUGGCCAUGGGCUUGCAGGCUGCUCUUUCAGGGAGUGUCGAGGAUAAGAAGACCGAGUGGGGUGUGUUUAGGAUGUAG